UUUAAAAUUCCCAAAAUAUUUUCAUUUCCAUCAUUAGAUCAGAAACUUAAUAUCACGAGGUUCUUCCUCUUCUCUCUUCCAUACGGGAUCAGAAACUUAACGCCAUUUCAAUUUUUUCUUUUCCUUUCCCCAUUGAUAUCACCCCAACAAUUGCUACCAUGACUAAUUACUCUGGUUCUGCUCGCCUAUCUAUGUUAAUCCGUUUUUCUUGAGACAAAUGACUAAUAUGGAUGAAGAUACAGAAGUACCUAGUGAUGGAAAGCUGUCAAAACCUGCCAUGUACAUGUAUUUUUCUUCUAUUGAAGAGGCAGAGAAUUAUUACACAGAAUAUGGAAAAAGCUUGGGAUUUUCAAUUCGUAAACGAUCAUCAUAUGCUACUGGACGAGGACCACGUAUAACUAGAGUGAUUUUUGUAUGUGGUUGCGAAGGAAUUCACGUAAGUAGACCUGAUCAAGACGAGAUCGAUCUUAAAAGAAAAAGAAAUACUUCAUCAAUGAAGUCUGAUUGCAAGGCAAUGAUCCGCAUAGCUUUUGACAUAAAACAUCAGACUUGGUAUAUAAAUAUAUUUAGAGAAGACCACAAUCAUGUCAUGGUUUCCCCUAAAAAUCGACAUUUAAUGAGGUCAAGCAAGUAUAUGCCUCCUGCUGCCAAGAGCUUAGCUGAGAAAUUUAACAAAGAGAGGCUUCCGGUUGGAAAGGUAGCAUCUCUAUUUGGAGAAAGUGAGAAUAUCGGAUUUACACCGAGGGAUGUGUAUAAUCACUUGAGAACAGUUAGACAAUCUCUAAUAGAGGUGGGAGAUGCAGAAGCUGUGAUGAAUUAUUUUAGAAAAAGAACAAUUGAAAUCCCAAUUUUUACUAUGCCGUAAAAACUGAAGAAUUUGGGAGGGCAGCGAAUAUAUUUUGGGUUGAUGCACGUUCACGAAUGGCCUAUAGAAGGUUUGGAGAUGCUGUUGCGUUUGAUACUACGUACAAGACUAAUAAAUAUUCUACGUCGUUUGCUCCAUUCACGGGUACAAACCACAUCACCAAUCUAUUACAUUUGGACUUGCAUUGUUAGGUGAUGAAACCAAAGAAACUUUUACCUGUGAAGAUUAACGAGGUGACAAAAAUUGGUGUAUAUAACUGCCGUAAAUUUGAGUUUGUUGGCAUACUAUGUAGGCAUUUGCAUCAUGUUUAAGUACUUCGGUUCUAUGUGGCGGAGAUUCCACCUUAUUUUAUAAUGGAAAGGUGGACCAAACAAGCAAACGAUUUUGAAGUUUUAGGGCCAGAUGGUUUGGCAAUGAAAGAUGGUAAGAGUACUGGAAUAGAAGCCAUGCGGAUCAGUCAUUAUUGUCGACUUUCAACUGAGCUGGCCUAUUGAUAAGCAUGUAAAUGUUACAUUUUAUACCCAUAUUUAUAUUAGCUAGGAUACAAUAUUUUAGUUGCUAAUACUAUUUUAGUGCUUUUGUAGAAAGUACAAGUGAAUUCGAUCAUCCAACGAAU